UAUAUCUCGCACAGUCUUCUUCAUCCUACCACAGGCUAGCGUCGAGUACUGUACUGUGUGAGGUAUAGGAGGUAUCUCAACAUGACAUGGCGCAACAACGUCGUCCAGUCCAAUGCCACCGGCAAUUGGACUGGCAGUCAACUUCCAGCUGAUGCUGCUCCACCACCAUCUGCGUCGAAUACUAGAAUUGAUGAGAUGAUGCAGAGUGCAAUGGUGUUCACGGCGGUGCUCAUGGCCAUCCUGGGCGGCACCUUGUGCGUCGUCAGGCUGGACCGCCUGAUCCACGACCGCUUCACCCUCUUCUCCAUGGUGUGCUUCCUGCUGCGCUUCACUACCUUGGUCCUCUUCCUGCCCCUCUUGUCCUACACCCGUUCCAACGCCAAGGAAGGGGAGGAGAUCCUCUUCGUGCUCCUGUGGAUGCUCCUCAUAGAGCUCUUCCGCAACAAGGUGGAGGCGAUGGUACCAUCAGGCAACCGCUACUUCUCCAGGUCCGCCAAUCGCUUCAGGCUGAUGGAUCACUCCGACGAGGUGACUCGUCUGGUGUGGAUCGGCUUCCUCAUCUACUCCAACAUUGACUGGCAGAAAGAAGAAGGAGUCUUGAUGAUGAUGCCCAUGUUUGUCAUCCUAUGGUGGUCAUUGGCUGUGGUGAAGCUGGGUCAGAGGAUGCUCAACCAAUGGAAGGCCCAGGACUCAUUGUCUGCCGCCGGCAGCGCUAACAUCAUUGCAGGCUAUAUGCAGCUUGUCCUAGAGCAGGAGAAGGAGAAGGAGAAGGAGGAGGCGCGCCGCCAUAGAGAUGGUGGCUGCCGGCCUGGCCCUCCUGACCUUGACACCGCAAUGGGCAAUUGCCAGUACGUGGUGAUGGGGGAGGAGAAGCUCGUGCCCAACAAGAAAGAGAGCCGGCGGCGACAGAGGACGGGCUCCAAGGUAUUCUUGACCACUCCUCACUGUGGCUACGGCGUGGGGACGUUUCCCCGCGACCAAAAUGAACUAAAGCACGUUCGUGUCCUCGUCGACCUCGACAAGAUCAAGUUUUUAGUCACAGUGAAGGACGUAUGGCGGUAUCUAGAACAUUGGGUCUUCGGAGACAUAUUUGGUAAGAAAAGAGCAAAAAUCAUCGAUCACAUGUGCCUCAUGUGCCUCUCUUUCUCCCUCUUCAAGCUGCUGCGCCGCCGCUUCGAGCACUACCCCAUGGUGGAGGUGGGCUCCAAGAUGUCACGGCAGCUACUGGCCGAUGGCCUCCUCAACUGUGAGAAGGGGGGAAGCGAUGACAAUGCGUCGAGGGCAUUUAGAGUGAUCCAGCUGGAGCUUGACUUCCUUGAUAACUACUACCAGGCCGGUGUCCCGGUUGUGAUGUCGGCUCGUUGGCUUCUCUUCAUCAACUUCCUCUCGUGUCUCCUCUUUGUGUCGAUAUACGUUGCUACCGUUGCCAAACUAGUGUUCAUCACUCCUGAUCCUGAUAAUGAUCAGUACACGGCCGUACACACCAAAUAUUCCAUCAUUACCAUGCUGCUCGUGAUUACCCUCCUCGCCGUUGAAAUCACAAACUUCCUCACUGCCUACUUGUUCUCCAAUUGGUUCCUAGUGCACCUGCUAUGCCUGUACGCGAGCCCAGGGGGCUGCCUGUGGAACUGCCUGUUCAAGCCAAUCAUUAGCUGCUUCAUUGCAUUUCGCAUUUUCUUAUUCUACUCACACAGGCUUGUGCUUAAGCUGAUCAAUGGGAGGCCAAUUUUCGAGAGAAAUAUGAACGUCAGGCAGGUAUCCGUCCUCCAAGUUUGUGAACCAGUUCACAAAAUUUUUGCAUGGACGUCUCAUGUCAGGCUGCCAACUGACGUCAUGGUAGCAAUUGUCAUGGCACUGAAGACUAUCAACCUGGACAUGGGCGUUGUCAGCCUGCCGCACUUAAGUGAUGCCUUUAGUUUCAGUCAUUUCACCCGAGGAAAAACUGCCACCGAGAUCAUCCUGGCAUGUCAUCUAGCCACGGAGCUAUUAGAGGUAAAGUAUGGCAAGCCGAAGAAAAAGAAGAAGAAGACGAAGAAGAACAAGACCGGAGACGGCUACGAUGGCCAGGCCGUGGCAACUACCCUGUCAAGGUACUGCAUGUACCUCCUGGCGCGUGCCCCCGAGCUCCUGCCGGACGGCGAAGGGUGGGUGUCCGACAGGUACGAGGAGGUGACGAGCUGCCUCAAGGAAGUGUCGUCGUCCUGCCGGUGCUGCUGGUGUAGCACUUGGUGGUGGUGCUGCCCAUGGAGGCACGCGGCGGAGCGCUGGAAGGCGGUGGCGGAGAUGGAGGUCCAGCUGAAGAGCGCAACGGCGCAGGCGGGUGUGGAGCUGUGCCAGCAGCUGGUGAUGCGGACGAAGGAUGAUGCCUGGAAAGAUCUGGCCGAGUUCUGGGUCAGACUGCUCAUCUACCUGGCGCCGUCCAACGACGUGGAAGGCCAUGCCAGGUUUCUGGCCACCUCAGGCAGCGACCUCAUCACCUGCCUCUGGACCUUGUGCACACACGCGGGCAUCAAGCGCAACCCAUCUGAGCCGGAGGCAGAGCUGCACGCCGGCACUCACUUUGUGUAGGAAUAACCAGCACCCAUAAAAUUUGCAUUGGGUUGUGUCUUUGUGUUGUUUGCGGCGUCCUUAACUUACUUGGCUUUGCAUCUCGUUGUUUGAUAUGUUGUUUGUAUGUGUGUGGCCUACUACUGGCAUAUGUACAGAUAUUUCUAACGAUUGUUUCAUGGGUGUUGUACAAUUGUACUUUCUUUGAUUCUAGAAAUGUAAAUGAAUCUGGUUAA